CUGGGUGGGUGGGAUCCCCACAGACUGGAAGAGCAUGCCCUUUUAGGAAAGAAGACAAUGCGGGGGGGUCUGGGCUCCUCUUGCAUGCCCUCAAUCUCGGCCAAACCACAAACGAUUUCCUUUUUUACUUGUCCCUCUUUCUUUCUUUCGUUCUUUCCCUUUCUUUUGCUUUCCUUUUUUUCUUUCUAUCAAAAUAAAUACUGAAGGCCUUGCGAUGCCCUCAACAAAAGAAAAACUCGACUGUCUGCUGUCGUUUAUCCAGCAGAUUGAACUCCAGAGCUGCGGAAACAAUGACGACGACAACGACAACGACAACGACUCUCCGACACCUGAUUUUAGUGGCGAGGAUGAUCCGGAAUGGUGCGGUAUCAUUGACUCGUUGCAAAGAAUAGCUCUAAACCAAUCAAAAUGUCGCUCAGACCUGACACGCACCCAAAUCAUGCUCCAACAAAGCCGAGUCGUAACCGCUGCCAAUUUCACACCGGCGCUGCCUGCCAGGGCCUUGUAUGCGAAUCCGACGCCGACGCCGACGACGCCCAUGCAGCAAACCAUCCUUGAUGAAGGCCAACAUCUGCGUAUGCUUCAUGAAUCUGCCUUUGCUGCUGCUGCUAUCUCGCCGCCUAUUUCGGAAGACAUGUCCAGCAUGUUUGCUAGCAAGUGUACCACGCCUUCAAGUAGCACAAAAGAUCUGGUGCCUCGUCAAGAGCAUGCAACAACACUGUGCACCCACUGUGUGGAAGAAAUUGGCCGCAUCAGCGAUGCCAUUUGCCACGCAGACCUGAAUCAACGUGUCGCUUGGUGCCCGUCGUGCCAUGCCUCCGAACCAGUCCAAAAGUUCAAAUCCAUGGUUGAGCAUAUGCGAACUGUCCAUCUCUCCAUGUCCGCUCUCCUGUCGGGCUUCACGCAGCAGCAGCAGCAGCAACAGCAACAGCAACAUGAUCGACCGAUUGCAGAUUCUGACGAGAUCAACGACGUUGAUGCGUGGGAACAUCUUGUCAAUAAGAUUAGCAACGUUUCCCGUUUGUAUUCUCAGCAGUUGACCGAAGCUACAAGAGUAAUACGCGCUGUCACUGCUGGCGACAUGACCCAGCGAAUGCAGCUCGAGGUGCUGACCGAUGACAUCCCAGUACCGCCAAGUCUCAUACAGCUGCGACUUGCUUCUGACGAAAUGGUGACCCGUUUGGACGGAUAUGUGUCGGAAACAUCACGUGUCAUUUACCACUUUAGCACGCAAGGACGCAUUGGCGCCGAAUCUCUUGCAAAGAACAUUGGCGACGUUGGCGUAUGGGAAGAACUGGCCACCGGACUGAACACAAUGACUCACAGACUUGCCACUGACGUGCAAAACAUUGUUGAAGUUUGCAGAGCAGUUGCACGUGGCGAUCUCACAACAAAGAUUACAGUUCAGGCCAAUGGAGAACUUAUUGAGGCCAAAGAUACGAUCAACUCCAUGGUGGAUCAGCUGAAUGCUUUUGCCACCGAGGUCAAGCGAGUUACCUUACAAGUCGGCGUCGAAGGCUAUCUUGGAGGCCAGGCCGUCGUUGAGGGCGCGCAAGGCACCUGGAAAGAACUCACCGAGAAUGUCAAUCUGAUGGCAAGCAACUUAACGCUACAAGUUCGUGACAUUGCCACUGUCUGUAAAGCUGUUGCUCGCGGCGAUCUUUCUCACACGAUCACCGUUGAUGUCCAUGGGGAGCUUCUCGAUCUCAAAUGCACAAUCAACACGAUGGUCGAGCAGCUGCGUCUGUUUUCCGCCGAGCUCAGUCGAGUCACUUUCCAAGUAGGGUCCGAAGGUCGCCUCGAUGCUCAAGCCAUUUUGCCAUAUGACCUCGACGGAAUAUGGCGUGAUCUCACCCUCAAUCUCAACACCAUGAGCAUGAAUCUGACUGCACAAAUGCGGGAUAUAUCCAAAGUUUUCAAAGCAGUGGCGCGUGGCGAUCUCACACAAAAGGUUACUGUUGAAUCCUAUGGAGAAAUACAUGACCUCAAGCAAACAAUCAACUUUAUGAUUGAUCAACUCCGUAUUUUUGCUACCGAAGUGACUCGCGUGGCACUCGAAGUUGGCACGCAAGGAAAACUGGGCGGGCAGGCCGUUGUCAAAAACGCUGACGGUAUCUGGAAAGACUUGACAGACAAGGUCAACGUGAUGGCGGCCAACUUAACUUCCCAGGUCCGUUCGAUCGCUGCAGUGACUGUAGCUAUAGCCGACGGCGACUUUAGCAAAAAAAUCACAGUCGACGUGAGCGGCGAGAUCUUGGACCUCAAGGUGGCGAUCAAUGACAUGGUCGACCAACUACGCUCCUUUGUUUCUGAAGUCACGCGCGUCGCUCGAGAAGUCGGUACUGAUGGGAAACUGGGCGGCCAGGCGACGGUCGAAAACACCAGGGGCACAUGGAAGGAUCUUGUCGAGCGGGUCAAUAUCAUGGCUGCCAAUUUGACGACCCAAGUACGAUCCAUCGCUGAAGUCACAACUGCUGUAGCCAAUGGCGACUUGAGCAAGCAAAUUGAUGUGCCUGUUCAUGGUGAGAUUCUCGAUCUCAAAAUAACCGUGAAUCGUAUGGUUGAAAAGCUGCGUAUGUUUGCUACCGAGGUCACCCGUGUGGCCAAAGAAGUCGGCACAGAAGGCAACUUGGGCGGACAAGCCGUAGUGCAAGGAAUCGCAGGCACAUGGAAGGACCUGACGGAUAGCGUGAACGCAAUGGCUGCUAACAUUACUGCUCAAGUGCGUGAUAUUGCUAUGGUGUCCAAGGCCGUUGCCAAGGGCGACCUGAGCCAGACGAUCACUGUCGAUGUCAAGGGUGAGAUCCUCGAUCUGAAAAUUACCAUCAACACCAUGGUCCAGCAGCUAUCGAUAUUCGCCAAUGAAGUAUCCCGUGUUGCCCUUGAAGUCGGUACAGAAGGCAAGCUUGGCGGUCAGGCGGUCGUACAGGGCGUUGACGGCACAUGGAAGGACCUGACAAACAAUGUCAAUAUGAUGGCCGGCAAUCUUACGACCCAAGUACGAUCGAUCGCUGCUGUAACUACAGCCGUAGCACGCGGUGAUUUAUCACGCAAAAUUGAUGUCGAUGUAAAUGGUGAAAUUCUCGAGCUCAAGAACACCGUCAAUUCAAUGGUGGAUCAGCUGCGCACAUUUGCGGCCGAAGUUACUCGUGUUGCCCGUGAGGUCGGAACCGAAGGCAAACUCGGCGGGCAAGCUGUUGUUAAAGGCGUUGACGGCACAUGGAAAGAUCUGACUGACAAUGUCAACUUGAUGGCCAGCAAUCUUACUGACCAAGUCCGAGACAUUGCUGACGUAUGUAAAGCAGUUGUAUGCGGCGAGCUAUCCAAAAAGGUGACGGUGUGCGUGUAUGGCGAGAUUCUUGAUUUGAAAAUCACAAUCAACACCAUGGUCGACCAACUACGCACGUUUGCUGUUGAAGUCACUCGUGUUGCCAAGGAAGUCGGCACCGAAGGCAAACUAGGCGCCAAGGCUCAAGUAGAAGACGUAUCGGGUGUGUGGCAGCACAUCAUCUCUGACGUUAAUGUGAUGGCUACAAACUUGACAACCCAAGUACGAGCCUUUGCCCAGAUCACAUCGGCCGCUACCCGCAACGAUUUCAGUCAAGUCAUCACGGUCGAAGCGUCUGGCGAGCUGGAUUCGCUUAAAACCAAAAUCAAUCAGAUGGUCUUUUCUUUACGAGACGCCAUUCAGAAGAAUGCCCAAGCGCGCGAAGCGGCGGAAUUGGCGAAUAAAAGCAAGAGCGAGUUCUUGGCCAACAUGAGCCACGAAAUCCGAACGCCUAUGAACGGUAUUGUCGGCAUGACCACGCUCACACUAGAAACCGACUUGACUCGACCUCAGCGCGAAAAUCUGCUGAUCGUCAAAUCACUUGCCCUCAACUUACUGACGAUUAUUGAUGAUAUUCUCGACAUCUCUAAAAUCGAAGCCGGUCGGCUCAACAUUGAGCAGAUACCGUUCUCACUCCGGAACACAGCACUCAGUGUGUUCAAGACUAUGGCUUACAAAGGAGGCAGCAAGCUGAACCUCAUCUAUGACAUGGAGAGCAAUAUACCGGAUUGGCUGAUGGGAGAUCCACUGCGGCUCAAGCAAAUCAUGACCAACCUUAUCGGCAAUGCCAUCAAAUUUACAUCCGAAGGAAUGGUCAAGCUAUCUGCUACACUCGUUGAACAUCCUAGAUACAACGAUCAACGAGAGAUUCAAUUCUGUGUGAGCGAUACUGGGAUUGGGAUCUCACAAGACAAGCUAAACGAGAUUUUCGAAACGUUCUGUCAAGUCGAUGGCAGUACUACAAGAAAGUAUGGCGGCACCGGUCUUGGCUUAUCGAUAAGCAAGCGUCUCAUUGAGCUAAUGGGCGGCCGGCUUUGGGUGGAUUCUGCACCAGGCAAAGGAUCCAAUUUCUACUUUGCAUUCUCUGUCAGCCUUGGUGACCCAAAUAACAGCUGGAUGGUACCCAAACCAUCUGUACCGCUCACCCAACGCUUUUUAUGCAUCAACGAUGAAGCAGACGACAAUUAUGACGUUGGUCAGGCGUACCGCGAACAAGUUGGCAUGCAAUGCAAACGACUCAAUAUCGAUGUAGCCUAUGCACAGCUUCUUGCAAAUGUCGAGCAGCUCAACAUCAUGGAUGACGACAACACGAACGUAUCGGUGACAACACUCAACUUUGAUGCCAUGAUCGCCAGCAGUAUCAAUCAGGUUCGCCGUCUACGUGAUGUCCCUCAUAUUCGCCAUACGCCGGUCAUGAUUGUCCAACCCGAUUUCCGCUGUCUUGACGUGAACGAAAGCAUCACAUUGGGUAUUGCCAGCUAUCUCAACAACAUGAACGAAUUUGCCAGCUUUGCCACGGCUGUCCACGUUGCGUUGGACAACAACAUGAUGUCGAUGCGUACCAAUAUCGAAGCCAAACAGGCCCUUCGUGUUUUACUCGUUGAGGAUAACUUUGUAAACCAGCAAUUGGCGGUCAAGAUGCUUGAAAAAAUCGGCCACAAAAUUACAGUUGCGCAGAACGGAAAGGAAGCCGUCAAUAUAUUUGAACAGCUACCUUUUGAUAUCAUUCUCAUGGAUAUCCAGAUGCCGGUGAUGGGUGGAUUUGAAGCGACGGAAUUGAUACGCAAGAAAGAGCAAGAACUCAAAGUCAACUCUCGAGUACCCAUCAUUGCACUCACUGCACAUGCUAUGAUUGGCGACCGCGAAAAAUGCCUUGCGCAUGAUAUGGAUGAAUACAUCAGCAAGCCUCUUCGCUUGGCUGAACUUACUGCUGUCAUCAACAAAUUUGCUCCUCGUUCUCCUUCUUGCACUUGAAGAAAUAAUCUGUCCUCUAAUGAAAUAAACUGGAAUGAUGAGUUGUACAUACAUUAUACAAUGAUAUCCCAACAACAGAUACUGAUGUACAUUGUGGCUAUUUCGUUCCUCGCGGGGGUUUAUCAUAUAUACGCUGUCCUUCAAUCAGCCGAAAACACUACGUCAACAUAACAUAGUCGACUUGCUUUAUUUUUUCUCUUUUAAGGAACAGCCUAUAAUGUAUGAUACUGACUUAUGUUUGCUGCGGGUAGAGCUUAAUAUACUACUUCCUAACUCACACAUACCUAAUAUCUAUGCAUAUGAAAGAGCUAUCAGCGUCUUGAAAGAAACUAUAUUUUGGUAACUGGACAUGAUGUUCUAAUAUAACGAGAACAAUCAAGACUUCCAUCAAAAAUGAA